CCAUUUCCUACUACUAAUACUUCCACUUUUCAAAGUCUCUCUCUCACUCUCCCCCAAUUCUUCCGCAGGAGACAAAGAAAGAAUUUAAGACAGAUUUGAGUGAACCGAGUUGCUGGAGAUGAGUUAAAAUUAAGAUGAUGAUAAUGGAAUGGGAUCAGCAGCAGCAGCAGCAGCAAGAGAGUCAACCCCAAAACCAGAAGGAAGAAAAUGGAGUAAUGUAUGUCAAAGUGAUGACCGAUGAGCAGCUCGAGACUCUCCGCAAACAGAUUGCUGUUUAUGCCUCCAUCUGCGAGCAGCUUGUCGAGAUGCACAAGAACCUCACUGCCCACCAAGACCUUACAGGUGGGAGGCUGGGAAAUCUGUAUUGUGACCCUUUAAUGACAACAGGCGGGCACAAAAUCAGUGCCAGGCAGCGGUGGACUCCAACAGCCGUGCAACUUCAGAUUCUUGAACGCAUAUUCCAUGAGGGAACCGGAACUCCAAGCAAGCAAAAGAUCAAAGAGAUAACUUCAGAACUAAGCCAACACGGCCAAAUUUCUGAAACCAAUGUGUAUAACUGGUUUCAAAACAGACGAGCUAGGUCUAAAAGGAAGCAAGUGGUGGCUGCUUCCUCCAACAAUAAUGCCGCCGAAUCGGAGGUUGAAACCGAAGUCGAGUCGCCAAAGACAAAGCCGGAGAAUCUUCUGGCAUCUCAGGCUGAACAAGACGUGUGCUUUCAGAACCCAGAAAUAAGCUCUCAGCUGAAUUACUUGGGCGGGAGUUACCACAUUUAUGACCAGCAUGCAUGGCAGGGUGAGUGAGAUUUGACAUAGUAAAGCUAUUACAUACACUGAACAUGAGAUGAAACGGUGGUUUUGGCUUUGGAUUUUGUGCCUUUCUGAUGCCUUGUUAAUAUUGAACAACUCCAGUAAUG